CUCGGAAUAUCAGAGUACACCCAAAUCUCUCCCUCUCUCUCAGGAAGCAAUACAGACCUGCAUCCCAGAGGACAGGAGGAACAUCAUCAUUGUGAGCUCCACUUGUGCUUUCUGGUCCACAUGACUGCGCAAUGCAGCAGCGCUGAACCAAACACCAACACCUGUGCUCUUGGUUAAAUCAAGAUGUCAUCAGCCAAUGCCAAUGGAGUCGGGAGCUCUGGAAAUAACCGUAGAGAAAAAACAUACAAAAAGACUACUUCAUCUGCUCUAAAAGGAGCCAUCCAGCUCGGCAUCGGCUACACCGUAGGGAAUCUGACCUCAAAACCUGACCGAGAUGUGCUCAUGCAGGACUUCUACGUGGUGGAGAGUGUGUUUUUACCCAGUGAAGGAAGCAACCUGACACCAGCACACCAUUAUCCAGACUUCCGGUUCAAGACUUAUGCGCCACUGGCUUUCCGCUACUUCCGGGAGCUGUUCGGGAUCAAGCCGGAUGAUUAUUUGUACUCCAUUUGUAAAGAGCCCCUGAUUGAGCUGUCUAAUCCGGGCGCCAGCGGCUCGCUCUUCUACCUGACCAGCGACGAUGAGUUCAUCAUCAAGACUGUCCAGCACAAGGAGGCCGAGUUCCUGCAGAAACUGCUCCCUGGAUACUACAUGAACCUCAACCAGAACCCCAGGACGCUCCUACCCAAGUUUUACGGCCUGUACUGUGUUCAGUCUGGAGGAAUCAACAUCCGUCUCGUGGUUAUGAACAACGUCCUGCCGCGAUCAGUGAAGAUGCACUACAAAUAUGACCUCAAGGGCUCCACAUACAAGAGACGGGCGUCACGAAAAGAGCGGGAAAAGCCCUGUCCCACAUAUAAGGACCUAGACUUUGUGGACAUGCAUGAUGGCUUGUACUUUGACCCAGAGACAUAUAAUGCCCUGAUGAAGACACUACAACGGGACUGUCGGGUGCUGGAGAGUUUUAAGAUCAUGGACUACAGUCUCCUGCUGGGGGUUCAUGUUCUGGAUCAGAGUCACAGAGAUGGAGACGGCAGUGCUGUGGACGGGAAGAGAACUGUGGGACAGAAGGUGCUUUACUCCACCGCCAUGGAGUCCAUUCAGGGAGACGGAAAAGCAGCAGAGGCUUUGACCACAGACGACACAAUGGGAGGCAUUCCUGCAAAAACACACAGGGAUGAGAAAGUACUUAUUUUCCUAGGCAUUAUCGACAUCUUGCAGUCUUAUAGAUUCAUCAAGAAGCUGGAGCACUCCUGGAAGGCGCUGGUCUAUGAUGGCGAUACUGUGUCUGUGCACAGGCCGAGUUUCUAUGCAAACAGAUUUCUCAAGUUCAUGAGCAGCCGAGUGUUCAGAAAGAAUCAGCCAAAUCGCUUCUCCCCGAGCAAGAAGGCGAGAAACUCCAUAUCGGCCCUGAAAUGCUCUUCCCAAGAGGUGCUGUCCUCACAGAAAGAGGAGAAGACCGAGGAGAAGGCCGACAGACUUGGAGGAGCACGCAGUCUGGCCAGUCUGGAUGGACAAGUGCUCUGGUCCUAUAACCGUCCUGACCUGGUCCUUCAGACUCCUCACCCGUACGAAGCCUCUUCCUUCAGUCACACCCUCUCCCCGCCCUCUGUUUUCAUCAAAGAUCAUUAUCUGGAAGCCAAAUCUAAUGAAAGAUGCGCCUGCUCGACUUUUACACUGGAGGACAGCGCCAUCUGUCUGACAUCCGAGCAGAGCACCAUGGACAUCGACAGAGAUGACGACUCCGUGCUCGACGUCUACUUUUGAGAAGCACAAUGGGAUGAUGGUUCAUCUCUUGCUCUCCAUCUCCUGCUUCAGUAGUGGUCUGAUACCCAUGUGUGGAGAGCUCCUCCUGCUGCCAAACACACCAAACAACAAACACAUCUGCCAAAACCACAGCUGCAAACACACAAACAUCUCAUCGCAAUCCCAAGCACAUUUCCCUGAAGCGUUCAAAAACGACUGCGGAUUGAUGGAACCAAACGCUGACUGUGCUUUUCUGUAGCAGCAGAUGAACCCUAAAUAUAAAGGCAGCUCUGGGAUCAGACUGAAGACUCUUUUUGUUUCAGAGAAAGGCAAUAAGUUUGUUCCUCUGAAAUACAAAUGAUGGUUUCUAACAGCUUAUCCUCUAGUUUUAGUGACCUCGAUGCAAAGCUUGGCGGCAAAGCAGAUUUUUAAACGUGCAAUUUUCAUACAUCGUGCAAAAGUGUGUGUGUUUAUGAUAGUUCUCCUCACUGGAGUGAUAAUCAUUUUAUUUUUUAAAGGAAAACACACAUGGAUGUGUGAUUUACGAGCACAGAAGUGUCAUGUACUGUAAAUGUAGGAUUUCUGCCAGUUUAUCAUCAGCUCCUGAUAAUCAAGAGUGAGACUGGCAUCAGCAGUGCGUCAUUUACAAAAUAUCCAGAUGCCAGAAUGUUUUUAAUGUGCUAAAACGCUGAUAUUUUACAUGGGUUUGGCGGAGUUUCGUACAGUUUCUCUCUCAGGAGAUAUUUUCCUAGAGGCGUCCAGAUGAUCGCUUGAUGUUAGAUGAUAUAUUUAGUGCGCUUCUGAUUUUAAAUGCCAUGUCUUUUGAAUUUUAUUAUUAUUAUGGUUUGUUAUUAUUGCACAUUUGUUUGUUUUGAGGCCAUAAUUUAUUAAAUCAUUAUUAUAAAUGAA